AGGUCUUACUCUCCUAUCACCCCGCCCCGCCUUGCGCUCCCGAAGCGCGGGGACCCACCACCCUUCUCGUACGUAGCGUCUCGGCCGGUUAGCUAGCCAGCUCCCCAGGAAAGUCACACCCGCCCCAGUCAGGCGUAACAAGCAAGCAAACAAGCCACAAGCCAAUCGGGUAGAACCAAUCUCAGACAACUUACAGUAAUACAAUGGAAACGUCCCAUGCACGGUGUCGUAUAUUUGCGGGGCAGAUCUCGAAGCUGGGGGGGGGGAGAGUACCCGUAUGGCUUUUACUCGUAAUUUGUGGGUUUUUAUUUUUUAUUAUUUUUUUUCUCCCCCUCCCCUCCGCUCCACGUGAAGCUAGGUAUCCUAACGCUCCUGUACAAUACCAUUCUGUGCAGUGCUACAGCGCGUACUAUCGAGUAGGAAAAGCAGACUAGUCAUGCAGUUAUGAUUCACACGAUCACGCAGUGGAGAGGAGGAAGCAAUUGGGGAGAGAAAGUAUCGUAAAGAUGUUUUGUUCAAUUGGAGGGGUUGUGCGCGGUUAGACUCGGACUCCUUCUUCCAUUGGCCCCUUUGCUGACUUGUGGUAGGAUAUGAUACCAAUAAUGUAACUGUUUGCCCAUGGGGAGAGAGAUUGUCAGGUUGUUCCUCUGGGGGGGAGGGGGUGAUCUGAUGUCAGGUGAGGUGAUACGAUCUUGUAUCAUGCCAUACCGUACAGUACAGUGCCAUUUACCAUACCAUAGUUCAGUUUGCUCGGCGCGCUGAGCAAUCGGUGCUUCACCACUGAUAUACCCGGGAUGACAACCUCCAUUCAAUGGCACCACUCUGCCAACCACACUGCACCUCCCUCCCCCUCCACAAUGAAUACGGCGUUGCUUUCCUCUUUCUUUUCUUUCUUUCUUUCCUUCUUUCCUUCUAUUCUUUCUUGUAGGGAACCAGCAAAUUUGCCCUCCAGAAUAGUUCCCUUUCGAAACCCCGCUCCCAAUUGGCCUAUUUCCGUCGACAAUGCUUGUGCAGCUUUGUCAGAUACACAUGAGUGGACCGACCAAGAUGCGAUACGUCACAAUAUGUCUGCAGAAAUGGUUCAAACACCAUCCAUCCAUCCACCCGUUCAAUAUACCCAUAGCAUAGGUACGGAGUACCGUACUGUAGUCUACUCCUACUAAACUACCAGUGAUCUACAUCCACCCGGCACGAGUCACGAAUACGGCACAGUGCAGCAUCGACCAGAAAAAAGCUCUCCACCAGACGAAACUUCACCACGGAUGAGAAAGAAAGAAAGAGAACGCUAGUUCAAUCAACCGCUACUCGUACAGACUUCUCGGGAUUUGUUCGCUGGCAGUUGAUGCCUAUCAUCAUACCGGUGAUUGACCACUAGCAUACUCCAUUAUACGGUACGGUACCGGACUAACCCAGACUAGAAGGAUAUCAUACAUAUAGUACCGUACGGUAUCAUACUCUUCGUACAUGCUUGUAUGAUACGGAUAGAUAUAUGGAUGGAUGGAUGGAUGGAUGGAACGAAACGUAGCGGGUAAUACCCCUCACAACAUGCGGUGGAGGGGACGUUGACUGCGUACCAUACCCGUAAGGUACAGUACCGGUUAGGGGAAAGGGAAAAAGGGAAAAAAAGGAGGUUAUCAUACUCUUUCACAAGAAAUUUCACUGUUUGAUGCCCG